UUUAACAUGAGCGUGACCUGUGACGGCAGUGACGUGUUACGUUGUUUACGACACACCACUGUUGCUGUUAGCUUUAGCUCAUGUGCUUUCACUGACAUCCAUUCAGCAUUAGGCGGCUCAUGUGCACAUGUGGGAAAUAAAGUAGAACAGAAUGGUCCUGCACGAUUAAGGAAACGGUGAUGCCAUAAAGAAAGGAGGCACUGCCAAGUCUCUUCCACCGGGGAGGAAAUGGCAACUGAACUCCACGAGACUAUUUCCAUGGCCAAACAGGAGCGCCACAAAAAUCUCUUUCUUAACUACAGAAACCUGAAUAAGUUCCCAGUAGAGCUGCUGAAGGACGAAGGCCUGCAGUUUCUGGAGAGACUGUACAUGAAGAGGAACUCGCUCACAACACUGCCUGACAAUCUUGCUCAAAAGCUCCCAAAUCUAAUUGAACUGUAUUUGCAUUCAAACAACAUAGUCAUUAUUCCUGAAGCUAUUGGAAACCUGGCCAGACUGCAGUCACUGGACCUGAGCAAUAACGCCCUCCAGUUCCUCUGUCCAGAGAUUGGCAGACUAAGGUCUCUACGACACCUGAGGCUGUCCAAUAAUCAGCUGAAAUGCCUUCCUCCAGAGAUCGGUGAUCUGCAGGACCUGGAGACUCUGGACGUGUCCAGGAACCAGUUGGUGUCUCUACCAGAUCGCCUGCACCGCUGUACUUCUCUGCAGAAUCUGACAGCUGACCACAACCUGUUGAGCCACGUUCCCCGGCAGCUCUGCUGGCUCCACCGCCUCAACCAGCUCUCCAUGGCUGCUAACCGGCUGACCUUUCUACCGCUCGAUCUGGGCAGAUCACGAGAGCUGCAGUUUGUGUUUGUGGACAACAAUGUGGACCUAAAAGGCCUUCCCUCCUACUUGUAUAACAAAGUCAUCGGCUGCAGCGGGUGCGGUGUGUCAGCCCAGGUGUUAGAGGGUGACCUGGGUGAGGCGCUGGGUGAGGCGCUGGGUGAGGCGCUGGGUGAGGCGCUGGUCGGGCUUCCAGCUGAAGUGAAGGUGCUGGGAUCAGAGACGGAUAACGUGGUUCCCCUUGAGGAGAUCGCCAUGAGAACCCUGCAUCGCAUCUACCAGCAACGCCCAACCAACCUGAACUUGCUGCCUCCCAUUACCCUCCCGAAGAGCCUGCUGGACCUGCUGCAGUUCCCCCUGGGACACUGCCACCGCUGCAGUCAAACCAUGUUCACCAUCAUCUACCCAAAACUCUUUCCCCUCCGUGACACCGUGCUGGCAGGAGUGCACCGCAGGACGACUGUGAGUUUUGUGGCCUAUUGCUGCUCUAGCCGCUGCCUCCGGACCUUUGAUCUCCAAGGAUGAUGUCAUUUCCUUCACCCUGUACACAUUCGCUCAGGAGCUGUUUAGUGGUUUCCUGAAGGUGGCCGAUGACAGCUUGUAAUUUGGGUGGAUCUUGAGGGUCUGUGAGCUCUGUGCUUGAUUGACAAUGCUAAGAACCACAGAGAAGCAGACUGUGUGGUUGUGUGGUGGGUCAGAUGGUGGACACACAUGGUAAGCAACAUUUUAACAUACUUGUCAAAGACUCAAACCUACAUGAUGUUCCUGAAUCCAACCAACUGGGAGGGUUUUAUUCCUGUGUUUGUGUUGGGGGUCAAAAUAAUAACUAACACUAUAAGACGUGAAGUAACUAUUCACAACUGGGCACUUUUUAAGAACAAGCACGGUUUGAUUUUUGUGAAAUCAGUAAUUUUUCACACAUAAGUGUAUUGCAGCAGACAUCCCAGUGAUUGUGGAGUCAUAUUUGAGGUAUUUUGUUUGACUGAUUACUGAAGAAAAUUUGAAGGGUUAUAAUUUACUAAAGACUGUGCAUCUAUUUGAUAUGUGUCAUUUUCUGCAGCAAGUACAGUGACCUGUUAGAGAUUUAUUAUGGAGUUGUGUAUAAAAUCUAGGUACGGUCAGUAAAAUGAGCCAAAUAUUCAUCUCACAUAUUUGUUAAAAAGGUAUUAGAAUUUUGACAGAGUUUGCAAUGUCAGUCAUAUUGGACAGGUAUCCAUUUUGAAAAUUGGACUGAUUUUAGAACAGAAGUUAAUAUGUUUACGUAUAUUUACAUGUUAAAAACUAAUGUUUAUAUCUUUACAUAAACUCAAAUUCAUCUAUAAUUUACAUGCACCCAAAAUACCCAAAUUGUUGCAACAGGUUUAAAGUCUGCAGGCCCAUUCAGUUUGGGGUCAAAUAUUUGUGUCAUCAUUUUUAGGAAAUAAGGUUACUUUGAACACUUCAGAGGCACAGUGUCAUUCUCCUGUUGAACUGAUGCGUGUUUGUUAAUGGUCAUUACUAUGUUGUACAAUUCUAAUUCAUCAUUUGUUUUGAAUGUGUGUUUGGAAGUAAAUCUUGACUGAUUUCAACAA